AUGAGACAGUUGUACGCAAAAAGUAGAAACCUCAAGCGCUUCCUCUUUGUUGCUAUCGGAAAGAGGAGGAACAGCAGCGGAGAAGAUGAUAACACCGAGGAUAAAGCCUUCUCUGUUAAACAGAUCAACGAGAUGGAGAUUUCACAUCUGAGACCGAGCUGGAGAUGCUUCUCUUACGAAGAAAUCGUCGAAGCAACUGAUGGCUUCCACAAAGACAAUUUAGUGGGCAGGGGCGGCUACGCGGAGGUGUACAGGGGAGUGACGGAGGACGGCGGAGCGAUCGCGGUGAAGAGGCUGACCAGAGCUUCCUCGGACGAGCAGAGGGAGAAGGACUUCUUGACGGAGCUCGGAGCUGUCGGCCACGUUCGGCAUCCCAACGUCUCCGCUCUCCUCGGCUGCUGCGUCGACGGCGGCCUCCAUUUGGUCUUCGAAUUCUACCCUCGCGGCUCCGUCUCCUCCAAUCUCCACGAUACGAAUUCCCCGCCGAUAGCUUGGAAGCUGCGCUUCAACAUCGCGGUGGGCACCGCCCGGGGGCUUCACUACCUGCACAAGCAGUGCCGGAGAAGGAUCAUCCACAGGGACAUCAAGGCCUCCAACAUACUCCUCACAGAAAGCUUCGAAGCACAGAUCUCCGAUUUCGGCCUUGCGAGGUGGCUUCCAUCCGAGUGGACUCACCGCGCCGUCGCACCGAUCGAAGGAACCUUUGGGUGCUUGGCGCCGGAGUACUUCAUGCACGGGAUCGUGGACGAGAAGACCGACGUCUUCGCGUUUGGUGUCUUCCUGCUGGAGAUCGUAACAGGGAGGAAGCCUGUGGAUGGUUGUCACAGGAACUUGCUUUGCUGGAUAAACGCUCGAUCGUACCUAAAUAAUGGGAUCAUAGAUAAGCUGGUCGAUCCAAGAUUAGGGGAGGAGUAUGACAUGGGGCAGCUCAAAAGACUCACCUUUGCGGCUUCUCUCUGUACCAGACCAACAGCAACAUUGCGCCCUUCCAUGACUGAGGUUGUGGAAUUACUAGAGGGCGGCGAGAUCACGCAAGAACAAUGGAAGAUGCUGGAGGAGGAAGAAGAAGAGUUUUGGGGGUUCGAUGACCUUGACGACGAUGACAACAGAUGCAGUACUCCCUCAACAUCAUCAACUGGCAACUCUCAGCCACAGUUUGUGUAGAUGAUCUUGAUUGUCUUGGGAUGAGAAGUAUAGUAUAAUGUAUACAACCAAUAGAUAGCAUGCUGGUAUAUGUUGAUAUGGUAGGUCAAUGCCGUCUCAACCAAACUAUUUCCCUUGAUCUCAAGAUGUGGCACACGGUAGGGAAGCAAGCACAUGCACAGCAGUUGGGAGAAGCAAUCAAAGCCAUCCAAGCUUGAAUCGAAAUCAUCGAAGGUCAGGAGAACCUGAAAAAGGUACCGUCGGCGAUCGUCCCUGAAGUACCCGGCGAGAACCCCGAAGCCUUCGCAUCCGCCUUCCUCGAACUGCUUCGGCGGCACCACCGAAGACUUCACGGGCAAAAGAGCCGCGGGCCUGCGAGGCCGUCCAUUCACGGGCACAAGUGGGCCCUCCUCGUCGAUUUAUGUUCUACGACAACUUCGCCAAUAAUCAUUCUCUACCUUACUAUUUAUUGUAUAUUAUUAUGUGGGUCCCACACAUUUUGGAAUGAGCUCUUCGGGUAAAACAGGGGGUCAGGUACGUCGAGGGUAUUCGUGGUAACGGGUUACCCGUUGCCGUGCGCACUUGCAAGUCACCUGCAGUCUAACCGUCUCUCUACUAGUGGAUCUCGGCUCCCUCUGUCCCGGCCUCGCCGUCCUCCAUGGCGUCGCUACUUAGAUCGGCCGGUGUGGGCGGACCGGGCGGUAAUAUCCUGCGCAUCCGGUGCCGCUCCCCGCCGUCUCUCCGUCCUACUCUUCCUCCUCCCGUUCGGAUCGGAAGCCCUAGGAAGCGCGUCCUUUUCUUCCGCCUCAUCCUCUGAUUACUCCUCGGACGGAGACCUCGGUUCUUGCUCUGGUUUGUUUCUUUUCGUUCUGAUGUUGGCUGCUUUAAAAGUAAGGAUAGUUUUCUACGGAAGAGUGCCAAUUGAGUUCCUCGAUACUUUGGAGCUCAUAUAGCGUGAAGUUCGAUUAGGGUAUCUGGAAAGAGAGAAGAAUGUAGGGUAACCAACUCUUUCUCCCGAUAUUAACCAAGUAUAAAUAUACCUAUUAAUGACACCUCGGCUUAGUCCUACAUCGAUGUAGGAGGGAUAGAAUGGGUUGAUAAUCAUUAACCUAGGUUUUAGCAUUUUGGAUCAUUGUUUCAAGCCUAUUAAGUUAAUGGGUCACGUAUAUUAUCGAGCCUGGUUGUGACAUACACAGUACUAAGAUUGGAAUGGCAUUCUUAACUUUUUCAGUGACUGUCUCUCACCGAUAGCUUACAUAAACAAGUGUCUAUAUUAUGAAAUUUUGAGGCCAUGGAAGAUCUGAAUCAACUGUUAUCCUCUAACUCAAUGUGGGAUACUGAGGUGUAAAGAAAGACUUUUGUUUUUAUAGAAGUCUCAACUGCUCCAGAACUAUGAUUUGUUGAUGUUUCGGUCUAAUUUUGCAGGUGAUGAGGAGGCCUUUGAUGCACCUAAAGCGCUUCAUAAAAUGAAUAAAGUAAAUUCAUGAUUAUGUAUAUCCCAUCCAAAGUUGAUUUUUGUAGCUUUUAUUGUCUUUUGUUUUGGAUCCAUGGUUUUGGUGUUGAUUUGUUAUUAUGUUUGUUUUUAUGUGCUUUAUUUGCUUUGUCACAUUUUGUGUCCAUGACAUUGUAUAAGUCAUUAUUUUCUCUUGAUUUAUGUGUGUGGAUUUCUGUAAGAAAUGAAACUAGCAAAAUCUUUGAUUUGUCA